AUGGCGAGGUACCGCAUCAUGGCUCGCAACGCGAUCCCCGCUCCACCCAUGCCAAAGGCACCAACGUAUGUGCGACCGCCCCUGUCGUGGCUCAUCGCGGAUGCCGAGCUUCUUCCGAGCAAAGCUUGGGAGAUGUUCGAUCGCGGCGAGAUUGUAUUACACCAUAAGACUUGGUCACUGCACUUCCACCCUGACAAGGUUGAGCAGGAGGCGAGAGCAAAGACCCUGCAAACAUUCGUCGAGCAUUUUGCGUGCUCCACGGUUGGCGGCUUGAACCGAGACGAGACGAUGGCUCGCUACGCUACGGAGCUCUUUGGCCCUUUGUACGACAGGCGAUUUAAACCCGGCUUCAUCGCCCAAAAAUCUGGCGGCAUGCCGUGGAAGGCAUGGAUGAACGAAGAAUGCGCACUCAUCAAUGAGUACCGCAAAUAUCUUCUGGACUUUGGAAGAUAUAAGACGGAACUAGAGCGCGCGCAUCGAGAGCUAGAAGAGUCCCGGAGGAGAUGGAUUGAGGAGAAUCUUGAGCCCAGGUUUAAGAACUCCAAGGCGUACAAGCGAUACGUAGCGCGAGAUACGAACUAG